GGACCAAUCACCCACCAGGAUGAUCGAGGACCACUACAUGGACCACCAUCACUACGUUGACUCGCUCUUCCCUGCCUCCACCCUUAUCCCGGUCACCGUGGUGUGCCUGCUUCUCUUCCUGGUCGGUGUGGCAGGCAACACCAUGACCAUCCUCAUCAUCCAGCGCUUCAAGGACAUGAAAACCACCACCAACCUCUACCUCUCCAGCAUGGCCGUGUCCGACCUGCUGCUCUUUUUCAGCCUGCCCUUCGACCUCUACCGCCUUUGGAAGUACGUGCCGUGGGUGUUCGGCAGCCUGGUGUGUCGCCUCUCCCACUACAUCAAUGAGGGUUGCACGUACGCCACUAUCCUCCACAUCACAGCACUCAGCAUAGAGCGCUACCUGGCCAUCUGCUACCCGCUGCGCACCAAAGUCGUGGUUACCAAGCGGCGGGUCAAGCUGGUCAUCCUGGCACUGUGGGCGUUCGCGCUGCUCUCGGCCUCGCCCAUGCUGAUGCUGGUCGGGGUGGAGUAUGAGAAUGCCACCCUGGCCAACGAUAGCACACGCCAGUGCAUGCCCACCAGCGACGCCAUCCACUCGGGCCUCUUCAACACCAUGAUCUGGGUGUCCACCAUCUACUUCUUCGGGCCCAUGCUGUGCUUGCUUUUCCUGUAUGGGGCCAUCGGGCGCAAGCUGUGGAAGAGCAAGAUGGAAGAGUUACGGGGGCCGUGCGCCUUGACGCGGGCCAGAUCACACCGGCAGACCAUCAAGAUCCUCGCCAUGGUGGUCCUGGCCUUCGCCAUCUGCUGGCUGCCCUACCACAUUGGCCGCAACCUCUUCACGUAUGCCAACGACUACUACGAGGCACGCCUGAGCCAGAACUUCAACGUGGUCUCCAUGGUGCUCUGCUACCUGAGUGCCUCCAUCAACCCGGUCCUCUACAACCUCAUGUCCAAGAAGUACCGCGCCGCCGCGCAUCGCCUCUUCCUGCUGCACCGGCACCGGCGAGGCCACCAGCCGGGCCACCAUCCGCGAGCGCUCUCCGUCAGGGAGGACAUUGCAUCAUGCACCGAGAACUUCACCGGGGUUUGAGAGAGAGAGAGAGACAGAGAGAGAGAGAGAGAGAGAG